AUGGCUAGCAAAUAUGUGAAAUACUUUCAGGAAGUCGGUCUCCAACCGGAUGACUUCGUCGUGUUGGGCUGUUUGCCUUCGUUCCGUGCACGAUUUGGAGUGCUCAUCCAUCCAACAGUUGCAUUGUUGAGGCGUCCAUUCUUCCCCCGAUUGAACGUGCACGAGGUGAAGAACACGUUCUGGAUGCCAUUGGAACGUUUUCUCGAUAAAUCUUUACACAUGUCCUUUGUCAUAGAUGACAAAUACGCCGUGCACAGCUUUUCAGUGAGUUUCUUUCGAGUACACCGCUUUAACUUUUUCUGGUUUACUCCUACAACGACAGAGGCGGCGUCCAUUGAGCUUCGAGGAAAUUUCGUAUAG